GUCAUAGUUUAAUCAUCUUUUAUUGCCCACACCUCUCUGCUGCAUGCGAGUCUACUGCUCGGGGAUCCGAGGUAGUCCUCCUCAAUCCAUUACCAGCUACACCGACCUUGGGUCACAAACUAAUUAAAAUGAACACUACGGUGCACGUUUUGACACAACCCGUCUGAGCGGCGGUCCUCAGAUUAUGGCCUGUUUGGUGCCUGCCGGUGUGAUUUCCACCACAACCCUUCCGCAUUUUCCUGCUGCUCUCGGGCUGUGACGUGUCGUGCUGACGGCGGCCUCGGAGCUGGAGGAGCGGGGGGCUGUAGCAUGACAAGAUCUGGCUUCAGACGCCCUGCUUUGCUUUCAGCAGAGCUCCAGAAACAACCCCUAACCCCUCCUUCUCUGCUCCUGUCCGGCCCGCCCAAAUAACACAAAAUUCCCGACUGAAUCCAGCCCGAGUCUGGGGGAACCAGGCGGCCUGGGAAGCCGAGGAGCGGACGGAGGCCAUCCCUGCAGCAUAAAUCUGCUCUCCAGUAACAAAUGCAGUGCGAGGACAAUGGAUGAGGAUGUCACCAGGCUUUCAAUACAUUCCGAAGAGCCUAAAAUAAUCUUACACGGAUCGGAUGAGGGUGGUGCCGGUGGGCAGGAGUUUGUUGUGGAGCUUCAAGAGACUGUGUUGGUGUCAGAAGGAGAGGGAGAAGGCAUGGCAGUUCACAGGUUUGCCCCGGAUGAACUUGUCAUUCAGGAUGCUGUGGAGGAUGUGGUGUCUGAGUAUGUGCACUGCGAUGAGGAUGAAGAUGUCGCUGUAGAAACCUGCGUGAUGGCUCUGGAGGGUGAUGAGGAAGGUGUUGCCAUGGGAGACAUCCCCGAAGAUGGCCUGGACCCAGAGCAGCAGGAGGACGACCAAGAUGGCUGUGGAGAUUACCUAAUGAUAUCCUUGGACGAAGCUGGUAAAAUGGUGUCUGAGGAUGGAACAGAGGUGACAGUGGAGGGAGCUGUGGAGGACCAGGAAGUGGAGAAGGACGAGGAUGGGCAGGAGGUGAUAAAGGUGUACAUCUUCAAGGCCGACUCUGGAGAGGAUGACAUGGGGGAAUCAGUUGACAUCAGCGAUGGAGACACGGAGAGCGUGGCGUUAAAUGAGUCUUCAGGCCAGACACUCAGAGAGAAGAUGGUUUACAUGUCUGUUGGAGAUUCUCAUCACAAUCAAGGAAACCAUGGUGGGUCCAAGGUGACUGAUGAGGUUUAUAUGGAGGUGGUGGUAGGAGGGGAAGAACCAGUAACUCACGACCGCUCGUAUGACAGCGUGUCUCUAAGCAAGGACUUCAUGCCUGUGGCCUGGGCAGCUGCUUAUGGUGCAGAUGAUAGCGAGAGUUGUGAAAACCGCAACGGUGCAGCCAGCGCAUUGCUGCACAUCGACGAGUCUGACGGGGUGGAUGAAAUGAACAGACAGCGCAACAAGAACAGGAGACGGUCAGAGCCUCGCCAGGUACAGACAGCCAUCAUCAUUGGUCCAUACGGUCAGCCUUUGACAGUCUACCCCUGUAUGCUUUGUGGGAAAAAGUUCAAGUCACGAGGGUUCCUGAAACGUCACACCAAGAAUCAUCACCAGGAUGUUUUGACCAGGAAAAAGUACCAAUGUACAGACUGUGACUUCACCACCAACAAGAAAGCCAGCCUCCACAACCACAUGGAGGUGCACGCUCUGAGCAGCAAGGCCCCUUUUGAGUGUGAAAUGUGUGGCAAGGAAUUCCACCAGCAGGCUGCGCUGUUCUCUCACAGACUGCAGCACCACCACCGAGAGCCCAAGAACCAGCCGCCUCCACCGCCUACCAAGAUGCAUAAAUGCAAGUUCUGUGACUAUGAAACUGCUGAGCAAGGACUGCUCAAUCGGCACUUGUUGGCUGUUCACAGCAAAAGCUUCCCCCACAUUUGUGUGGAAUGUGGAAAAGGCUUUCGACACCCGUCUGAGUUGAAGAAACACAUGCGCACACACACAGGCGAGAAGCCUUACUCCUGCCUGUACUGCGACUACAAGUCGGCUGAUUCGUCUAAUCUCAAGACGCACAUCAAAACUAAGCAUAGCAAAGAGAUGCCAUACAAAUGUGAGCGCUGUUUCCAGACCUUUGCAGAGGAGGAGGAGUUAAUGCAGCAUGGACUAACACACGAGGAGAAUAAGACCCACCAUUGUGCCCACUGUGAUCACAAAAGUUCCAACUCCAGUGACCUGAAACGCCAUAUCAUAUCCGUUCACACCAAGGACUAUCCACACAAAUGUGCCAUCUGUGGUAAAGGCUUCCAUCGGCCGUCGGAACUGAAGAAGCACUCGGUAUCCCACCGCACCAAGAAACUCCAUCAGUGCCGUCACUGCAACUUUAAAAUUGCAGACCCUUUUGUUCUCAGUCGUCAUAUCUUGUCUGUCCAUACAAAAGAGCAACAGGCCUCUCUGAAAAGAGUGAGGCCAAGAGGACAGAGACACACACUCCUGUUGCGACACCUAAAAAGUCUGCACCGAGCGCGUCCAGCGGCGCUGGCCCGCCUGGCAGAGUCAGUGCCGCCAGCUUAGCCAGCAGUGUGACAGUAGUUAUUGGCAAAGGACAAAAAGAAAGGAGAAUUUACCAGUGCCAGUACUGUGACUACAGCACCGGGGACGCUUCGGGUUUCAAGCGACACGUCAUCUCCAUUCACACAAAAGACUAUCCGCACC